GAGGAACCCGGAGCUGCGGUGUUUGCGGCCGAGCUGACUGGAAGUGGGUGACAGGAGUGAUGAGUCUGGGGGAAUCCAGUCAGUGAGUCCUCACCGGCGCCGCUUCCCGCUGCCGGAAUGGAGUUCGCCGAGCUGAUUAAGACUCCCCGGGUGGAUAAUGUGGUUCUGCACCGGCCUUUCCACUCCCCUGUGUGGGGCACCCUGUGUCUGACCGGCCACCACCUCAUCCUCAGCUCCCGGCAGGACAACAGCGAGGAACUCUGGCUCCUACACUCCAACAUCGACUCCAUAGACAAACGGUUUGUUGGCACAUCUGGAACCAUCACCAUUAAAUGUAAGGACCUGCGGAUAAUACAGCUGGAAAUCAGUGGAAUGGAGGAAUGCCUGAACAUUGCCAGCUCCAUUGAGGCCUUAUCUACACUGGAUUCCAUCACUUUGAUGUACCCGUUCUUCUACCGGCCCUUGUUUGAGGUAACAGAGGAUGGAUGGAGCCUGUUCUCCCCUGAGCAAGAAUUUGAGCAACUCAUAUUAGAGACAGACGACUGGAGGCUGAGCUCUGUGAAUCGGGAUUACUCCGUGUGCUUGUCUUACCCUCAGCAUGUCAUGGUACCCAAAUCUAUAGACGAUGACUCUCUUCGGAAAGUCGCUGUGUUCAGGCAUGCUGGCCGGUUCCCCGUGCUUAGCUACUACCACAAGAAAAAUGGCAUGGUGAUGAUGCGCAGCAGCCAACCACUAACUGGUACCAACGGUAAGCGCUGCAAGGAAGACGAGAAGCUUAUUAACGCCACGCUAAAGCAUGGGAAACGUGGAUACAUUAUAGACACCCGCGCCCUGAAUGUGGCCCAGCAGGCCAGAGCACGUGGAGGGGGAAUCGAACAGGAGGCCCAUUAUCCACAAUGGAGGCGGAUACACAAGUCUAUUGAAAGGUUCAACAUUUUGCAGGAGAGUCUGAUAAAGCUGGUCGAGGCCUGUAAUGACCAGUCCCACAAUAUGGAUCGCUGGCUGAGCAAACUGGAGGCCUCCAACUGGUUGACUCACAUCAAAGAAAUGUUAACCACCGCCUGCCUUGCAGCCCAGUGCAUUGAUAGAGAAGGAGCGUCUGUGUUGGUUCAUGGUUCCGAGGGUAUGGACUCCACCCUGCAAGUCACCGCUCUGGCACAAAUCAUUUUGGACCCAAGGUGCAGGACAAUCCGUGGGUUUGAGUCUCUGAUUGAGAGGGAGUGGCUCCAGGGCGGGCACCCAUUCCAGCAGCGCUGUGCACAGUCCGCCUACUCCAACAGCAAACACAAGUGGGAGUCUCCGACCUUCCUUCUCUUCCUGGACUGCGUGUGGCAGAUCCUGCGCCAGUUCCCCUGCUCUUUCCAGUUCAACGAGCGCCUUCUUCUCACCCUCUUUGAACAUUCCUACGCCUCUCAGUUUGGCACCUUCCUGGGCAACAACGACUAUGAAAGGAAUAAAUUGAAGCUGUCCCAGAAGACUCUCUCCCUCUGGUCGUGGGUGAACCAACCAUCUGAGAUCAAGAAAUUCCUCAAUCCUCUCUUUGAAGCAAAUGGGCUGGUGAUCUGGCCGUCGGUAGCACCUCAGAGCCUGCAGCUGUGGGAAGGUGUUUUCCUGCGUUGGAACAGAUCGUCUAAGUACCUAGAAGAAGCCUAUGAAGAGACGGCUCACAUUAUUGAGUACAACAAAGAGCUGCAAGUGAAAGUAAAUGCACUCCGAAGGCAGCUGGCCGAACUGGAGACAGAGGAUGGGGUUUUGGAAACUCCCUAAUGGGAAUGCUGGGAAAUUAUCUGGCUUCAUUGAGGGGCACAGCGAUGCUUACAUGACUCCACAUUACCAGUAACAGGCCCCAAACCUCCUUACCCUUUCUAAACCUCUUUAUUUCUUACGGGUACUAUCCCCUUAAAUUAACUUUUAGAGGCACAUUUAUCAAAAGGUCGAAUUUCGAAUUCAUGUGAGUUUUUAAAAACUCCCAUAAAUUCUAAAUUCGACCAAUCAAUUUAAAGUUUAUUAGACUUUUCCAUACUCUGAUAAAUUAUAUUGAGCCUAAAACUCGAAUCAAUUUUGAUUUGAGUUUAAAAAACUUGAUUCAAGUUUUUUUCUCCGAAACAAUUUUGAAUGUCAGGAAGACUGCAAGCAACGCCAAAUUGAUCCCUGGACGUCUCCCGUUGAUUUAAACAGCAAUUCGGCAGAUAGGUGGCAAAUAGUCAAAUUCGAGGGCCAGAGUAUGAUAAAUCUCGAAAAUCGAAUUCAAGUUUUUUUUAAAAAAACUUGAAUCAAAUUUAAAUAACUACCUAGUAAAACUUGACAGUUUUGAACAUAAAAAAAAUCAAAAACUCUAAUUUUGUUUUAAUACGAGUUUUACUCUUUCAUUCUACUUUCCUCCCUGCCUGGUUGUUAACAACCAAGUAAUGGGUUACAUUCCAAAUUAGAGAACAAAAAGUUAAAUAGUUUGGAAAAAAAUUGAAGCAAAUUGCCUAAGAAUGUCACUGUUUACAGCAUCCUAAAAGUUAAUUUCAAGGUGAACUGUCCCCUGUAAAAAUCUAUUUUUAAAGGACCAGUUACAUCAAUUUUUUUAAAGAAAAAAUUUGUUUGUAUAGAACAAAAAAAAAAAAAAA